AUGGCAUACGCCAGCUCCAGAUACGGCUAUCAUCACCCCCAAACAGACUCUGCGCUUGACAACAAACGAGCGGCGUUUAUCGACGACGACGAUUCGGCUGUCUUGGAUCCCUCCAUACUGGAUGCUGACAUCAUGCAAAGUCCUCACAACAACGCCUUCAGGAAGGACUCCUUCGCCAACAGCGCCGGCGUGCUGUCGCCCGUCGAUGCCCAUCAUCAGUGGGAUCAACGCUACCAUGCCGGAGCCAUGCCAGUCGAAGCCGCCUCCGCUGGAGCGAGCAAUCCCUAUCAUGAGGAUGGCGCCAUGUACAUGAGGCAAGGCAAUCCCAAUGCGCCUCAAUUCGUCCAGCAACAGCAUCACGCCCCGUCGUGGCCCUUCGAACAUGGCUCAGGGAACUGCACGCCUACGACUGGCGUCGACUUCAUGCCACCACCUCCACCACAGUUCGAACCAGCUCCCUAUCAUCGAUCAGACAGCGCACAUGGCAGCUUCAGUCAGGCGCCCCAAGUUCCUGCUCCCUUCAACAUUCAGACUUCUGAGGCCGGUUUCAUUCCCGCCCCGCAGGUUCAGACGCCUAUGUCUCCUCACUCUCACCAGGACUGGAUGGGAAUGGCGCAGCAGGAAAUGGAAGGCAGGCCAUCUCACAAGCGGAUGAGACCAGGUAGUCCAUCAAGAAGUGUGAUGGACCUGCAGAGGAGAGAGGGCAUUCGCAAGAAGAAUGGCCGCAUCGACAUCCCGCAAGAGCGGAAUAUCCAGACUAUCGACGACAUGAUCGAGAAGACUACUGACGAUGAUCUGCUCAAGGAGCUCAAGCAACAGAAGCGCCUGCUGCGAAAUCGAGAGGCCGCGCUUGCAUCACGACAGCGUAAGAAGAAGCACACCGAGGACCUCGAGGUCAAAGAGAAGAGCUAUACUCAGCAAAUCACCAUGCUUGAGUCGCAACUUGCAGAGCUUCACCGGGAGCGGGAGAGAGAGCGACACGUUGCCAUGGAGCGACUACAGGAAGCCCAGCGCAUCAUCGAUGCCAUGCACGACGAAAAGAGAGACAUGCUUGUGAGGCACAACGAAGAGGCCUCUAGCCUGCGAAAGAAAGUGCACAUUCUCACGGAGCAGCUGGAAGCCGGCCCUGUGCCCAUGUCUGCUACCCAAAGCAGCACCGGUCUCACAGACUUCAACGCCGAAAUGGAGGCCCUUACUAUGGCUGGACCACACGAGUGGGAUCAGUUCAUCUUGGCGAAUGAUCUCCAUGCCGAUGGCUUGAGCGACUUUCCCUACGACCCCAAGCCCGAGCUCGUCAAGCCAUCGCCUGUCCUCGAAAAGAAGUCUUCCUCCGCCACUGUCACCCAAGCUUCGGCUAAGAAGGGCAACGAAAGCACAGACCAGCCAAUCGCUUCAGGACUCCUCUUCAUGCUGCUACUCUGCGGCGCCUUUGUUGCAUCAAAGCCAGCCAAUUCGCAGCCGCCCGAUCUUCCAAAAAUGCCCGCCAACGUACGCGCUGUUGCGCCCACUGUGCUCAACAAUCUCCUCGCUGAAGCGAAUCCGGCUCCCACGCAUGAGCACGCCCGGGCGGUGGCAAGAAUGGGCCAUGAACCGAUGCCGUCCAACAUAGCCUACAACAGCCCCAAAGCUAGCCGGUUAGAUCGGAUGCACCGCAGCAUUACCUCCCCCACGAAGCAGCAAGAGAUCGACCAGGCAUUUGCUUUGACGACCGCACAGUACGCGUCGCUUACCAACAUGGACUUCCCAGGCUACGACCAGCCGCACGCCCUAGCGCAGAGUGAGCCAGCGCCACCCCCAAAACGUAAUCUCGCCGAGGCUUUGGCCAACCUGGAGCAAGACCACGCUCGCAACAACAAAGCGGAAGUCUACACCCGAAGUCUGCUGUGGGAUCAGAUCCCUGUUGACGUCGUCCGGCAAUUCAAGGAGAUUGUCCGAGACCACAGUGAGAUCGAAGCCCGACAGCAGCAAACCAACCGACGACAAAGUCACGACUAUGCAUUCAAACUUGAGCAAUGA